CACUCCCGUCCGCAGGGCUAUUACCGCCGCACCCCCGCCUACCUGCCGAUCCGGCGCCGGGAGCGCCGGGGCUGCUUCGCGGUGCCCAUGGUGCACUCCACCUUCCUGCUGGACCUGCGGCGCGAGCGCUCGCGGAGCCUGGCCUUCCACCCGCCGCCGCCCGGCUACAGCGGCGCCUUCGACGACAUCAUCGUCUUCGCCGCCGCCUGCCGGCACUCCGGGGUGCAGAUGUUCGUGUCCAACCGGGAGCAGUUCGGGUUCCUGCCGGUGCCGCUGCGCUCCCAGAGCUCCCUGCGGGACGAGGCCGAGAACUUCCUGCACGUCCAGCUGGAGAUCAUGGUGAAGCUCCCUCCGGCCGAGCCCUCCCCCCACGUGUGGGUCCCUCCCAAGGUCCUGGACAAGCUGGGAUUCGAUGAGGUGGGAGCCCUCAACCUGCGGCGCCGCGCGGCGCGCCGGGCGCGGAUGCUGCGCUCGCUGCACGCCCUGGGCGUGGCGCCGCGCCUGCUGGAGGCCGUGGACGGCCGGGCGCUCAACGGCAGCCAGCUGGAGGCGCUGGGGGUGCGGAUGCUGCCGGGGUACCGGGACCCCUUCCACGGGAGACCCCUGACCCGCGGCGAGGUGGGCUGCUUCCUCAGCCACUUCCAGGCCUGGCAGGAGAGGAGCCGCUGCUUCCUCAGCCACUUCCAGGCCUGGCAGGAGGUGAGCAACGGGGAUUUGGGACAGGAAUUUGGGAAUUUGGGCCCCGAGUACUCGCGGCACUUCCCGCGCCGGGACCUGCUGGCGUUCUCGGCGGAGCCGCUGCUGCUCUUCCCCACGCACUACACGGGGGAGCCCGGCUACGUCAGCGACACCGAGAGCCCCCCGCAGCCCCCCGGGGCCUGGGACGGGCAGGAAUUCCCCCCGGCAUCCCGGAAUUCCCAGCCCCAGAGCCCCCCGCAGCCCCCCGGGGCCUGGGACGGGCAGGAAUUCCCGCGGGAAUCCCGGAAUUCCCAGCCCCAGAGCCCCCCGCAGCCCCCCGGGGCCUGGGACGGGCAGGAAUUCCCGGGGGAAUCCUGGAAUUCCCAGCCCCGGCACGAGAGCGACGCCCGCGACGAGCUCUGACCCCGAAAACGUGCCUGGGAUUUGGGGUGGGGAGGAAUUCCCACGGGAAUCCCGGAAUUCCCAUCUUUGGUGCCCCCCGAAAUUUGGGAUGGGGAAAAAUUCCCACGGGAAUCCUGGAAUUCCCAUCCUUGGAGCCCCUUGAAUUUGGGAUGGGGAGGAAUUCCCAUGGGAAUCCCGGAAUUCCCAUCUUUGGUGCCCCCCGAAAUUUGGGAUGGGGAAAAAUUCCCACGGGAAUCCUGGAAUUCCCAUCCUUGGAGCCCCUUGAAUUUGGGAUGGGGAGGAAUUCCCAUGGGAAUCCCGGAAUUCCCAUCUUUGGUGCCCCCCGAAAUUUGGGAUGGGGAAAAAUUCCCACGGGAAUCCCGGAAUUCCCAUCCUUGGAGCCCCUCAAAUCUGGGAUGGGGAGGAAUUCCCGCGGGAAUCCUGGAAUUCCCAGCCCCAGAGCACCUCAAAAUCUGGGAUAGGGAGGAAUUCCCAUGGGAAUCCUGGAAUUCCCAUCCUUGGAGCCCCCCAAAUUUGGGAUGGGGAGGAAUUCCCAUGGGAAUCCUGGAAUUCCCAUCCUUGGAGCCCCCCAAAUUUGGGAUCGGGAGGAAUUCCCUUGGGAAUCCUGGAAUUCCCAUCUUUGGAACCCCCCGAAAUUGGGGAUGGGGAAAAAUUCCCACGGGAAUCCUGGAAUUCCCAUCCUUGGAGCCCCCCAAAUUUGGGAUGGGGAGGAAUUCCCAUGGGAAUCCUGGAAUUCCCAUCCUUGGAGCCCCCC